AUGGUCAAGACAAGGGAGGAGGCCAAAGAUAUGUGGUGGAAGGUGAUGGCCAAAAUCCUGUUGGCCGAACACCGUGAGCGGAGGGAGAAAGAAGCGGUGGCUUCAACUUGGGAGAGGGCGAGCGCAGCAAGUGUUACGGAGAGUACCUCUAGGCCGUCUUCUGCUAUUUCGUUUGUGAGUAGCGAGGGAAGUGAUUGCUCUUUGCGUCCUGAGGACUGCUUCUCGACCAUUGGCUCAAGGUGUGGUCACUCACAAGAUGGGGAUCAAGAGUCCCCUCAACCUGCUACCAGCCAUUUCUCAAACCCUAAAUUUGACGAGUGGUAUGCCGAGUGGUUCUCUCAUUGGGUGUUGGAAACUUCUCGCAAGCUCAGGUCCCCAGAAUCAGAGGAUAGAUUCUCUUGUUAUUCAUUUUCUUCGUCAGCAGCGCCGGUAAAUGACAGCGAUCAUCAUGAGGACAGCAAUGCCUCCCAUGACGACGACGAGAUCACGGACAUCCGAACCAGACCCUCCACACCGACACCGCUUUCCUCGCCUACUAUUAGCCCCCUCCGCGGUCGAGAUCGAUACCGCUGUCUUUCUCUGUCCCGGUCAUCCUCCAACUCUUCACCCAGCCCAACUCGGAACACCAGCAUCCCUUCUUCUCCGGUUGCUGGGUCGUUGCACUGUCCACGUCGCUACCGCUCACCUAGUCCAAUCCUUCGUCGCGGAAUCCCCUCUCCCUUGGAUAUCACCAACUUCCCCCUUCCUCCUCCUUCAACCAUAUCCCCAGUGUUUCCUACCUCUUCAUCUUCUUCAUCUUCCUCCCGCUCUUCCUCUCCAACCCAAUCCCCUCAGCACGAAGACCAAUGCCACCCCGAACCUCCCCAGUCCCCCCAAGCCACUUCCCCACCGAUACCCCGUCCCCGUCCACGUCCCCUCCUAAACGCCAAAACAGAAGACUACCUCUCCAAUGCACACCUCCUCCGCUUCCCUGCCACCGUGUCCGCUCGACUGAUGAUGACUGCCGAGACCCUGGGGGUGGCGGGCGAAGGCAAGAGGAAGCUGGUUAGUGAGUUGCAGAGAACUCCUACGCCGGUUAUGGUUGAGACGAAGUGGAAAAGGAGGGCUAGUGAGGAGGUUAAGGCGUUUGAUUGGGGGUUUGGGAUGGGUGGUGAGAAGGAGGAGGACGAGGAGGAGGAGGAGGGGGAGGAGGAGGAGGGGUAUGAGACGUAUUGA